GCCCUGAGCAGUUCCAGUCCCUCCCGUCGCCUCUUGGGUAGCUAGGAAGUCGGCACGGCCGCUUGCCUGCUCUCCUCCCCUGCCCUCUGCCCUGACGUUAGCGCCUCUUCUCUUCUCCGCGGCGAAUCUGCGCGACCCGUCCCGCCGCUAACAUAGUUUGGGCGGUUGUCAGGGAGAAACAAGAUGGCGGCGGAGGAGGACACGGAGCUGCGGGACCUGCUGGUGCAGACGCUGGAGAGCAGUGGGGUACUCAAUAAAAUCAAGGCAGAACUACGAGCAGCUGUAUUUUUGGCACUUGAAGAGCAAGAAAAAGUAGAGAACAAAACACCCCUGGUAAAUGAAAGCUUGAAAAAGUUUCUAAAUACAAAAGAUGGUCGCUUGGUUGCUGGUCUUGUUGCAGAAUUUCUUCAGUUUUUCAAUCUUGACUUUACAUUGGCUGUUUUUCAGCCUGAAUCAAGCACACUAAAUGGGCUUGAAGGGCGAGAGAAUUUAGCCCGAGAUUUAGGAAUUAUAGAAGCAGAAGGUACUGUAGGUGGCCCCUUAUUGUUGGAAGUGGUCAGAAGAUGUCAGCAGAAAAAAGGUUCCAGUGGUGGAGAAGUAGUUCCAGUUCUGUCUGACAUGCGUUCUUCAUCAAAAUCACCCGAUGGAAGAUCAAAUACACAUCCAAUAUCGAGUAAGAUACCAAGGUAUAAAGGACAUCGUAAACUGAAAAAGUGCUUGGACAAGGCUGGUGAGCAGGUUGCCGAAACCAGUCAAAGUGAUACAAGUAUUUCAUCAGGAGAAACAAAAAGCAAAAGCAGCAUUCACUUUCUUCCCAAUGAGACAAAGCUAGUUUCUCAACCACACAACAAAGACUUAAAUACCAAAGAAAAAAGUGAUCCAGCUGUAGGUGAGGAUGACAUAGAGGGAGAUUCUUUUUUUGAUGAUCCCAUACCCAAACCGGAGAGAAACUAUGGCUGGCCCCUUGAUAAAAAUAGUGAUACUGAAGAAGAUGCAGGAGAUCUAUUUGUGACAGAAGGCAGGCAGAAGUCCAUGAAUAGGAAAACAGAGUCCAACAAACGAGGAGGAAGCCUUGCAUCUCUUUCUGAUGCACCCCCCCUAAGGAGUGGGCUAAGCUCCCUUGCUGGAGCACCUUCACUAAAAGAGCCUGACCAUGCAAAUAGAAACUCUGUUUUGAAAGAUCUACACUUGGUGAAUGCAAAAUUUGGAUCUCUUGAAUUAGGAACUGGUGAUGAAGAUGAGUAUGUUGAUGAUUUCAACAGUACCAGUCAUCGCUCAGAAAAAAGUGACAUCAGUAUUGGUGAAGAAAUAGAAGAAAUUUCUGUGGAAAUAGAAGACUUGAAUGUCAGUAAUAAACUUGAAGACCUCACACAAGAUCUUACCAUUUCUCAGUUAAGUGAUGUUGAUGCUGCAGAUUAUAUAGAGGAUGUGGCUUAGAACUGGACAGUAGAGGUGUUUCAAGUGUUGGAUUGAGAACUCUUGUGGACUGUUAUUUUCAGACAAUCAUUCUUUGCUGGAAAGUCUGUUCCCUGUUUGUGCCUUGUGUUUCAAAAAGACUGGAGAUGUAGAGAGCUCUUAUAAAAUCAUAGCAAGAACUGAAUGAAAUAGUUCAUUCCAGCUUGAGUCUAAUAUUGGAAUUGUUGUUCUUCUGGUUCAGCAAAACCUUUCACACAAGGAGUUGAAUUUUUCCAGCUGGAUGUCCAUUGCUGGCGAUGGAUACACAAAACCAUCAGUCUAUAGGAGAACAUAACUGAAGAAAUCAGCAAAGCUGCAGAACUUCGACACAGAUGUAUGGCUUUAUAACGAAUUUACACUGUUAUGGUAACAGUCUGAUUUUUAGCUAAGAUAAGCAAGGAAACUUAAGAGUUACUGCUUCAACUUACUAAAAACUUCAGCAGUCUAUAUGAAAUUUACAUAAUAUCUAAUAAAUCUGCCUCAGUACGUAGUCACUCCAUGCCUACUUCAAGGAGUCAAGAUUUUUCAGAAGUGACUAGUGAUUUUUGGGAGCCCAGCUUUAGAGGUCUGUAAGGGGCCUGAUUUUUGGCAUUUUCUGAAAAUCA